AUGAACAAGGCCCGCGUCCUAGUGCACCACCUGCAGAACUCUCGCUCCGCCCGCGUCCUCUGGGCGCUCGAGGAACUAGGCGAACCCUACGACGUGCGGGUCCACUAUCGCACGAAAGGCUGGUUCGCAGGAAGCUCGCUGCGUGACGUAUCUCCUCUUGGCAAGAGUCCGGCGGUCCAGAUGGACGGCAAGACACUCACUGAGAGCGCGGCGAUUCUGGGUACGCUUCUCCGUACCUUUCCCUCUCCCUCUACUGAGAAUGAGCCAUCACCCAACAGUCUGUUUUGGAGCCAUUUCUCCGAAGGAUCCCUCAUGCUGUAUUUACAGCCGGCGCGCUUUGCUACCCUCGGCAUGAGGCAGAUUCUCAAGGAGGAUGGACUUAAUCGGGAUACGACCAAGGGUGUCAAGAUGAUGAACGACUGGUUCCAGAAUUGGGCAAGGGAACAUGCUACCGGCGCCCUGGGAGAGGCUGAGACUUGGCUUGCGGGACACGAGCUGUUUUCUGGUAGCGACAAGCUUGGACUUGGCGACUUCAUGAUGUUCUUCCCCCUUAACAGUAUUGCUCAUGGGCGCGCCAGGCCCAAUGCGCCGAGGCUGUACCAACUUGGGCCGGCCACCGACGCAUGGGUCGAGCGUAUGCGUGCGCGUCCCGCCUUCCAGGCUGCGCUGGCCCGCAUGAAGGAGGAGGAGGAGGGGCAGAAGCCCGCCGAGAUGCGUGAGGCUGAGGCGCGAAAGCGGGCGGAGGAGGCCACCAUUUGGUAG